AAAAUAUUUUUUUUUUCAUUAUUAAUAUUAUUAAAAAUUUACAAUUAUUGAGUAUAUUUGAUAAAUUAUAAGUGUUAUAUUUUUACUUAGAAAAUAUUAAUAAGAUGGAUAUUUCAAACCAAAAUUUAAAUACAACUGAGAUUACAAUAAGAAAUAAUUCUAAAACUGAUUCUGAAAAUUUAUGGAAAGAUGAUGAUAAUGAAUAUCAGUUCCACGCUACAAUUUUUUCAACUGAUUCAACUACUGAAUCAGAUGAAACUACUUCCAUUCGUAAAAGAGUAAAAUUAAAUAUUAUGGAUUUAGAAAAAAGAAAAAAAGCAUACGGAGUAUGUGGAGAAUGUAAUGAACCAGGUACAGGAUGGCGUUGGUGUCAACCUUGUAAUGCUAAAAGAUUUAAGGAAAAUUUUAAAAAUUGGACUAGUGGAAAUAAAAAUAUUGAUGAAUUAAUACAACAAUCACAACUUAAUGCUUUUCAUUUCUCAAAAUUUCUUGAAUGGAUACCUUUUGAAAAAUUUGAAAAUGUUACCUAUCUUAAUAGAAGUGGAUUUAGUAAAAUUUAUUCGGCUUACUGGCCCGAAGGAAAUAUUGUAUGUUGGGGUAUUGAAAGACAAGAAUGGUUCCGAAGUUCAAGAAAAGUUGCAUUGAAAAGUUUAAAUAAUUCAUCUAAUAAUAUAAGUAAUGAUUUUUUAAAUGAGAUUAAAUAUUAUAUUUCAGGUCAUUUUCAUGCUACUAAUACUGUUAAGUGUUAUGGAAUAACUCAAGACCCAAAUACUAAGGAUUAUAUGAUGGUUUUACAAUAUUUUGAGGGAGGACAUUUGA